AGACCGCCAGCGCCUGUGUCCAGUGGUCGAGAGGCCGCGGACUAUGGCCUGCGUCACAGGCUGCAGGUUGGCCCAUCUCAGUCGGAACUGCGAUUAACAGGCCGCGAUAUAAAUAGGCACGCAUCUGUCACCGCGCCAGGAACUGUUUUGUUUACGCUCGCAACCCUUUUGUUCAGUCGUUUGGUAUUAGCGGAGGAGCUCGGACCAUACUGGUCACAGUGAACGAGUGUGUACAGUGCGAUCGCGCGAUUCUCGCCUGUUGCCGAUAUAUUUCUAAUCUGAUUUUAGGAGAAGAGAGGAGAGCAGUGAAGACAAGUGAACGAGCGCAAUGUACAAGGCACUGUCCGGUAACUGUAUGCCCGCCAACCCGCUACAGCGGCAGUUGGCUGACAGCAUCGUCAAGAUGGUACCUCUGGACGACAUAAGGAUCCUACUGGCGACCGGAGCCAAGGUGAACGAACCCGUGACUCAGGGGCUGCGACCCCUGCACUACGCGGUGUGGCAGAGGUACCCGGAGGCCGCUCGCCUCCUACUGGUGCGAGGAGGUGACGUCAAUGCUCGGGACGAGUGUGGGUACUCGGCCCUCCAUCUCUCCGCCGAACACGGAUACAUAGAGCUGGUCGCUCUACUUCUGAGACAAGGAGCGAGGGUAGACUAUCGAGAAGACACGGACGACCCGUUUCCCCGCACUCUCCUGUGUGACGAGCCCCUGCGCCUCGCGAUCCGCGGACGUCACCUGGAGAUCGCCCGCAUGCUGCUGGAACACGGAGCUAACCCCAACAAGAGGUACUUCUUUGGGUCAGAAAUCAAUUUGGUCUCUCCUCUGGACGUCGAGUUUCUGAACCUUCUGCUCAUGUUCGGAGCGGACCCCAACACCCGAGACCGGUCCGGCCUCACCCCUCUCAUGAAGGCCGUCAGACUACCGCAGGCGAUGGAGAGCGUCCUUCUGCUGCUGCAGUACGGGGCGGACGUGAACGCUGUGACGGACAUCCGUCACGACUACCGCACCGUCCUUCACUACGCCAUACUGUCGGGCAACCACGAGACGGUCAACCUCCUCAUCAAGCAGGGAGCGAAAGUCAACUACUCAUAUGAGUAUCAGAAACCCACAGCUCUGGACCUGGCCAUACUGAGGGGAGACCCCGAGCUCGUCAAAAUGAUGAUCAAAGCAGGUGCGAACGUGAACUCCAGCUCGCCCAUAAUCGGCACCCCUCUCCACGUGGCGGUCGCUGACAAUGUUCCGAACCGGAUAGAGCUGAUGACGCUGCUCCUGACGGCCGGGGCGAAUCCUAACUUGGUUAUCGACAGCGACGAGGGGCCACCCCUGCGCCCUGUCCUUGCGGAGUAUGUCGCUUCCAUCGAACAACCGAGUCCUGUAGUUGUCAAGCUUCUCCUCAGGUUCGGAGCAAAGGUGAUCAUGAAGACACAGUACCGAGAUCCUCUGGGCAUACUCAACUCCCUCCAGAACAUUUCAAAAAAUCCCGAAAUCUUUGAUCUGUUAGUGGAGGCGUCAGAGGCCUUCGAUCUGUGCAUGAUCCGACGAAACCAGUUCUUCAGCGAAGGGCAGAAGAGUCUGCUGCUGGAGCGGGCGAGCGGGCCGCUGAGUCUGCUGCACCAGUGUCGGUUGGCGCUGCGCAAAUUCCUGGUGGACGAGCCGUCUUUGGCAGCACAAGUGUUCGAGCUACCUCUCACCCUGCAAUUGUACCUCAAUUAUGAUUACUAAGCCACACCUCGCGUUAUUCUGUCGAGGAACUGAUCGACGUUGUUAGUUAUGCAUGAUGAAAAUUUUAUUAUCUUCUUACUCUAUUUGUACAAGUAAAAGUCGGUAAUAUUCUUCGUACUCUCCGAUUUCUGCUGAAACUGUUCUGUUGCCUGAGAAAAAAUAGUAACUAGCCUCAAAUACCUGUUUAAAUACCCACUAGUACGUUUAGUGGUAAUAGAAAUGAAUUACACAUUGUCGUCCAACAAUCUACUGAUCAAAUUUAGUUCAUACCAAUACAUAAUUACAUAACUGAUCUUAUUUUGUUCGCUAAACAGUAAUCUCAAGAUAAUUCUAUUGGCGGAGAAAUAGCCGAACCGACUACAAAGUCAUUUGCUGUUUUCGAGCUGUGUUUGCACUGUUGAGUAUUAUUUCGCUACAAUAUGUGAUGAAGCCUGGCUGUUCGAGGUUACCCGUUGGUAACCCACUACCACUACUCGAAUAUAAUUGUUAUGUGAUAAAUAUAUGCUUUGUGUUUUCGUAUUUAUUACGUUUUUACUUUAUUUUUCAAGCGUUUAGAAUGUAGAUGUAGCUUGUAGGAAUAUUGUGUAUUCUAGGAUAUUUUUGUACCUUUGUAACUGAAAUAUAGCAGUUUCUAUUGAUGACAUAUUUUUAUAUCCUCUAGUAUGUUUUUAUUCCGAAACGGUUUUGCUUUGGUGCCGAGAGUUUGUUUUGGUAACCGGUAAGUUUGUUUUGACGGGAUCAAAGGACCGCAAUCUUUUUGUUUUACUUCCUGCAACUAUAUCAUUUUGCUUCCACAUUCAUAAUCUCACUUUUCGUUUAGCUAAAGAACGAAAACAUCACAUUUACGUUUGGUCUAGGCUCCCUUUAUAUUUUACCUGCAUUAAAUAUUAUGAAUUGUAUUAAUUUUAACUUUACCUGUACUCUUACACGAAACUUGAUGUAAACUUGCUGUAUGAGUAAAAGCUAUAUUUUCCAA